AUGGCGGCUUUGCAUCCCCGCCAUCGAUGGAUGGUCUCGCAAGUGGUUGCGGCCUUCGAGUUAGAGAACGAAGAAGCAGCCGUCGAGUUUGCGUUUCGCGGGCAGUUCUACCCUAAAAUCGAAAAGUUUCUCUCGGGCGCCAGUCGGCGACAGUACCUUCUUUUCGGAUACCAAAAAGGCAAAGACGCGCAAAGCCUGCCUGGAGCCUCGAACGGGGACCAGCGUCUCGACGCCAAGCUGGUUUGCACUGAUGGUUCCGAGUCUGGUACGCACUCGCGUUCCAUUUACUUCCUCAAAACGACUCCGAGAGGAAAAGCGGCGAAUUUGAACGUGUCUUCUGACGGCGAGGUGAUCUUUGGGGAAAUUGCAUUGACCCCGCUCGCCAGCUUGGACGUGACUCUCACCGAUCUCUUCCUCCCGAUUGUCGAGCGAUUCAGCGAGCAUGAAUGGAAGAACUGCCCACCGGAGCAGCGGAGGGACUUCGUCGGGACUUUCCGGAGUUUCUGUAAAGAUCUCUCAGACGCGAUUCACUCCCUCUCCUGUGGAAUUGAACUCCGCAAACCGGACCCUUCAAAGGUGUCCGAAGAAGAGCGCUCAGACCCCGCGGUAGCCGCGAAGAAUCCCGAAGCCGUUUUCCACUUUGAAACGCUCCUCGAGGACUGGUGUCGCCAAAUCGAGAAUUACUUGGAAACGUCUCUCGACAACAGCCACGAACCGCCCGACGCUGGCCCCCGCAGCGAGAUCGAAUAUUGGCGGAACCGCAUGCAGCGACUGAACUCGAUCAUCGAGCAGCUGAAGAGCGACAACUGCCGCCUGGUGUUUCAAACGCUAUACGCGGUCAGCAAAACAAGCACGGAGGCUACCCCGAAGUCGAGACAAACUGUGUUCCACGCGCUCCGGCGAUGCAAGCAAAUCGACACAGCCAUCACUGAGGCGUUCAAUGAGGCAAAGGACAACGUCAAGUAUUUGAGCACCCUUCAAAACUUCAUGGAUCCUCUCUACACAGGCACUCCCCAGAACAUCAUCGACAAUCUCGGAGCUCUGAUGAACGCCCUCACGAUGAUUCACUCGAUCUCUCGCCACUACAACACUACCGAGCGAAUGACAAAUUUCUUCAUCAAAAUCACGAACCAGAUGAUUGCAAACUGCAAGAAGGGGAUUCUGGCUGACGAGCAUCACCAGCAGCUCUGGAAGAGGGAACCUGAGGAAAUCAUUCAGAAGCUGGAGGCGUGUUCGCGGCUAAACGAAGCGUACCACGAACACUACCGAAUAACAAAGGACAAGCUGCUGACCAUGCCCAAGGGGAAACAAUUCGACUUCUCAGAACACCUGAUUUUCGGCCGCAUGGACCUCUUCUGCCGGCGCGUGUUGAAGCUCAUCACGCUGUUCUCCAUCAUCCGGCAGUUCCAAAGCAUCUCGCGACACUGUUUCGAGGGCAUGGAGGCCUUUGUCGAACGCUUCAAGCAAAUCCUUGCAGAGUUCCGCGCCAAGAGACAUGACAUGCUCGACUUCACCAACAACCGAUUCGACCGCGACUUUGUCGAGUUCACCGUGCGCGUCGCCGAUCUGGAGGCAGCCCUCCAGCCGUUCAUCAACCAAUCGUUUGAGUCCACCACGUCGAUAGACGCCUCGCUGCAGUUGCUCAAGAAGUUCCAGUCGAUCGUCCACAGCGAAAAUCUCAAGAGCGAACUGAAAAACAAAAUCACCAUAAUCUUCCACAGAUUCGGGUGGGAUCUCCAACAGGUUCAAGAACAGUACGAACGCCUUCGCGCGAAUCCGCCGAGGGACCGCGCCGUGCCGCCUGUCGCAGGAAGCAUCAUCUGGACCCGUCACCUCCUGAAGAGAAUCGAGGGUCCGAUGAAGAAAUUUGAAGAGCAUCCCUUUUUGCUGAGCACGCGCGAGGCGAAGAAGACGGUUCGACUCUACAACAAGGUAGCGGCGACGCUCGUGGAGUUUGAAUUGCGCUGGCAUCAGGCCUGGAAAGACUCGGUACCGGCGAGCCGAGCCGGCCUGCAAGCCCCACUCUUGGCGCGUCAUCCGUCCAGUGGAAAACUCUUCGUCAACUUUGACCUCGACCUCGUCCAGCUGCUGCGCGAAGCCAAGGCGCUCGAUCGCCUCCGACUCGACCUCCCUGAAGAUGCAAAAAUCGUCCUGCUAAGAGAAAAAAAACUAAAACGAUACUACGAAGACCUAACCUACGUCCUGGUUGAGUACCGCCGCAUCACCUCGAUGGUCCGUCCAAUCACCGCAGCUCUUCUUCAGCCUCACCUGGACAGCAUGGAGCAGAUUCUGAGGCCGGGCACGACGAGUCUCACGUGGACUUCGAUGAACGUUGACAGCUAUUUGCAAAGCAUCUACGCAGGGCUUUCCAAGCUCGAGCAACUGGUCAUCAUUGUCAACGACAUUGUCGAAAACCGAAUCGACAGCAGCCUCCUGUCUCUCUCGCGCGUUCUGUUGGUGGACGUGCCCAAGCCGGGAGAAGUCGUCUCGCUUCAAAGCUUCGUAGAGCUGCAAGAAAGCCACGUGAAGCAAAUCGCCGCGCAGCUGAACGGGCGGUCUGUUGAGAUCGAAUGCGCCGUCCACGACCUCAUUCGUACCAGUCUGAGCUCCCCACUGGAGCGAAACAUCCAGCCUGUGCAGAAAGAGGACAUCGUCAAAAUCAAGGCUCAGUACAAGUGGAAUCUGUACACGUCGUUGCUGAACUCAACAAAGAACUCUCUCUUGUGCCUAAAAGAGAGGCUUCAGGCUCGUCGCAACCGAGCAGAGGCCACCGCCCCGUUCUUCGAGGUGGAGCUCCAGUUGGAUGGGCAAGGAGUUCGUUUGCAUCCUUCUCUGGAGGAAAUUCAGAGCGCCAUCAACCAGUCGGCUCUUGCGAUUUUAACCUGCUCGAAGAAAGUGAAGCCGUGGGCCGUGUCCCUUCCCCCAGCGUUUCUCCAAGCGGAGCAGACUGCUAAACUGGGCGACAGAGAGACUGCGGGGUUGCUGGAGGCUGCGUCGGCGGACAGCGCGGAGCGAGAAGGCGAAAGCUUCCACAGUCGAAUUGCGGAGGACCGAGAAAUCUUGAAGAUCCUCCUCCUCCUGACCGGUUCCAUACAAGGCACGCGAGACGAAGUGGCGAAAUUCCUCAGCAAAUUCGAUACGUUUGCGUGGCUGUGGACACAGUCAACGAGCGACACAUUCGCGGCCUUUGCAGCCCAAAAGCCGUCGCUGGAUGAAUUCGAGCGAAAUCUCCGGUCCUUUGUCGACGUCGAGACGAAGUUGCAAACGAUGGAAGCAAACACUGCGAUCGGUGUGCUGUUGUUGAACUCCAGCGGUCUCAUCAGCCAGCUCGCCGAGUUAGUCCGAGGAUGCAAUCUUCAGUACUUGAACGAACUGCAUCAACAGGCGAAGCAGAAACUCGAAAGUUUAACCGAGCAAAUUCGACAGAUGUCGAAGCGACUGAAGCGCCAAGUCGUCGACAUUGAUGCUUUGCGACAUGUGAUGGAAACGCUCACUUACAUUCGAGAAAAGGAAUCAGAUAUUGAGUCUGAGUUCGGCCCCAUCAUCAGCAUGUACAACCUUCUCGACAGAUACCUCCCGAGCAGCGUAACGUUGAUCGACAAAGACGAACAGGACCAGAGGCUUAUGCUGCGAUCCUCCUGGCUGCAUCUUCUGGAGGAAGCGCAGGCGCGGCAAGACAACUUGAUUGGCAUGCAGAACGAGUACAAGCGCGAGUUGAUCGUCAACAUCAACAGCUUCAAAACAGACGUCAAACAAUUCCGCGAAGACUUUGAAAAAAACGGGCCGGCAGCCUUCGGCAUCACGCCGCGAGAGGCUGUUGAGCGCGUGAGGCGUUUCAAGGAAGAAUGCGAGAUGAGAGCCAGAAAGCAGGAGAUUUACUACGCAGGAGAGGAUCUCUUUGGUUUCCGUCAUCAGUCGUACCCUGAACUCGACCAGACAAAAAGGGAGAUUUCGCACCUCACGCUGCUCUACGACCUCUACGUCCAGGUUAUUGACACGAUGAAGGAGUGGAAAGACAUUCUCUGGAUCGACGCGCCUGGCCACAUUCCGCUGAUGAGUGAACGCAUUCAAUUCUUCUCCACCUGCUGCAAGAAACUCCCCAGACAGCUCAAAGAUUCCGAUGCCUACCUCGAACUCAAAAAAGAAAUCGACGACUUCAUCGAGAUUCUACCGCUGCUCGAAGAACUCAGCAAGAAAUCGAUUAUGCCACGUCACUGGAAGCAAGUGGAAGAAAUCACUGGCAAAUCCUUCAACGUUGAAAACGAAAUGCUCAGACUGCAAACGCUCACCGAUGCCGGUCUCCUCCAGUUCAAGGACGACAUCGUGGACAUCUGCGAGUCCGCCGACAAGCAGCUGAUCAUUGAAGAAAAGCUUUCCGACAUUGAACACGCGUGGAAACAAACCAGCUUCGACUUCGGCACAGAUUAUCCGUGCGUGCUGCAAGGCGGGCGAGUUGUCGAGAUCCAGGAAGCUCUUGAGGAGUCUCAGAUGUCUCUCAACACGAUGAACGCGAUGCGCCACGUGACACCGUUCAAGGACCGGGUCGUGAAUAUGCUGACGACUUUGUCGGACGUCUCCGGUGGGAAAUCCAAGCACUUGUGCUCUCCAGCGGACACCUGCUACGCGGAGGCGCAGAUGCCUGCUACCAAACUCGCCAGUGGAGAGGCGAGCGGCGAGUGGCACGGCAGAAAUUUACUCACAUCGUGCCUUCACAUCCUCUUUGCGGCUGUCUUCUUUUUCGUCUCAGACACGAUCGACAGCUGGACAAAAGUUCAAGUUCUCUGGACGUCUCUGGAGCCGGUCUUCACGGGCGGCGACAUUGCCAAGCAGAUGCCUGCGGAGGCAAAACGCUUCCACGGAAUCGACAAAGACUGGACGACUAUCAUGGCCAAGGCGGCGGAGACAGUCACGGUCGUCGAGUGCUGUCAAAACGAACUCCUCAAGCAACUGCUUCCUGUGCUCCACGGCGGCUUAGAGAGUUGCCAGAAGUCUCUUGAGUCGUACCUCGAGGGAAAACGAAACAAGUUUCCGAGGUUUUACUUUGUCUCCAACCCCGUUCUCCUCAAAAUCCUCUCGCAAGGCUCCGACGCGGAUUCCGUUCAAGAAGACUUUGAAAAAUUGUUCGACGCCAUCUCACGCGUGGUGUUCGACAAGGACGACAGGAAGAAAAUCGUCAAGAUCAAAACUGUCGCUGGAGCUGCCGAAGAGGUUGUGACCCUCUCGACGCCUCUGAAAGUGGAGGGAAACAUCGAGGACUGGCUGCGCGGCCUGGAGAACCAAAUGCAGAGAUCGAUCCGAAGAGACUGCAAAUAUGCCGCCCACGAAACGGGUCUCGUCUACCAUCAAAUGUCGCUGCGAGAUUUCUGUGACCGAUACAUCGCACAGUGCGGUGCGCGAAGCGUGACGUUUCCUGUCCAGGUGGCCUUGCUGGGCUUGCAAAUGAUUUGGACGACAGACUGCCAAGACGCCCUCGAGAAGCUGGCGAGGGAGAGAGACAAGACGAUCAUGAACGCCACAAACAAAAAGUUUGUCGCUAUGAUGACUGACUUGGUCUCUGCCUGUCUCUCCGAUCUGGGGACGCAGCUGAACCGCACAAAAUACGAAACGCUCGUCACCGUCCACGUUCACCAGAGAGACGUGUUUGCAGAUCUCUGGAAGAAAGUGAAAGAGCACCGGCUGAAGGAUUCCAGCGACUUUGAGUGGCUGAAACAAACGCGGCUGUACUGGAAAACGGACACAGACAACGCACUCAUCGCCAUCGCCGACGUGGAGUUCACGUACUCAUGCUACUUAACUUGCUCACAAGCGCUCGGGAUGUUCUACGGCGGCGCGCCAGCAGGGCCCGCAGGGACGGGGAAAACGGAGACAGUGAAGGACAUGGGCCGCACGCUGGGUGUCUUUGUCGUCGUCACGAACUGCUCGGACCAGCACCGGUACAACGACAUGGCCAAGAUCUUCAAAGGCCUUUGCCAGAGCGGGCUCUGGGGCUGUUUCGACGAAUUCAACCGAAUUGAUCUCGAAGUCCUCUCUGUCGUCGCCAUGCAGGUUGAGUCGAUCACGACUGCGAAGAAACAGGGGCUGCGCACGUUCAUGUUUCCUGGCGAGGGUGCGCCGAUUCGCCUCGUCCCGGCAACUGCGUACUUUAUCACGAUGAAUCCAGGCUACGCAGGAAGGCAAGAGUUGCCUGAAAACCUGAAAGUUCUCUUCAGAAGCGUCUCGAUGAUGGUUCCCGAUCGGCAGAUCAUCAUCAAGGUGAAGCUGGCGUCUGUCGGCUACCUGGACAUUGACAACUUGUCGAAGAAAUUCAAAGUUUUGUACGGGCUCUGCGAGGAACAGCUCUCCAAGCAAAGACACUACGACUUUGGCCUGCGAAACAUUCUCUCUGUGCUGCGCACCGCCGGUGCCACCAAGAGGACCGAGCCGGACGCCGAUGAAGAAAUGCUGCUGAUGCGAACGCUGCGCGACAUGAACCUCUCGAAGCUGGUGGCCGAUGACGUUCCCCUCUUCCUCUCGCUUCUGCGAGACAUUUUUCCCAAGCAAGGUGACCCGCCGAAGAAGCUUUACAGCGAAGUGGAGAGCGCCGUGGUUGCCACGAUUGCGAAGAACGGGCUACUCCUCUCCGACGAAUUCCUCAUCAAAGUCAUGCAACUGUACGAGACAUCAACAGUUCGUCACGGUUUCAUGCUCGUGGGUCCGACGUGCUCGGGGAAGAGCGAAAUUGCCUCGACGCUGGCGACGGCGCUGACGUCGAUUGGCGUGGCGACACGGAGCGUGGUGAUGAAUCCCAAGGCGAUCACGGCCCAGCAGAUGUACGGCGUUAAAGACCCGCUGACGGAGGAGUGGACUCCGGGCAUCUUUGCCUGGCUCUGGGCAAAAUACAACAACCGCGCACUGAAAUUCAACACCUGGAUCACCUGCGACGGCCCCGUCGACGCAAUCUGGAUCGAAAACCUCAACACCGUUCUCGACGACAACAAAAUUCUCACCCUCGCCAACAACGACCGCAUUCCUAUGACUGAAAACACCAGGAUCGUUUUUGAAGUCGAGAAUUUGAACAACGCCUCCCCAGCCACAGUCAGUCGCGCGGGCAUCGUCUACGUGUCAGCAACCGACGUGGGGUGGAGACCGCUCGUCCUCAGCUGGCUGAACAACCGCGCACAAAGCGGCCCCGCAGGGAACGAAGAGAAGGCAAUUUUAACUCCUCUGUUCGAAAAGUACUUGUUUGCGCCGAACACUUUGGAUUUCGCUCUGCGCGAGUUGCGCCACGUGAUGGCCGUUUCGGCUCAGAUCUUGACGGUUCAGGUUCUCAACUUGCUGGCGGCGCUGCUCCGACAGUUUGAGGGCCGCAACGAAGCGCUGUCGAGCAGCCAGUACGAGCGGGUGUUGACCUACGCGCUCGCCUGGGGCGUCGGCGGGCUGCUCGAGCCUGAGGACCGCCUCAAGGCGGAGUAUUUGAUUUCGAAUCUCUUGAGUUUGCCGCCCUCGCACAACCCGCCGUCCUUCCAGGCGGUGUUGCUCGUCGGCGGGCCAGGGACAGCCAAGACCUCGACGGCGCUGCUGUUCUUCUCAAAGUACCAGUUGAGCGAGAUUUUGUGGAAACGCGUGAACCUUUCCUCGGCGACGACUCCUGAGCGAUUUCAACAAACCGUGGAGGCCGAGCUCGAACGGAAAACUGGGAAAACCUACUGCCCUCCAGGCGGCAAGCUAAUGACGCUGUUUCUCGACGACAUGUCCAUGCCGUUCGUCAACUCCUGGGGAGACCAAGUGACGCUUGAACUCGCGAGACAACUCAUCGAGCAGGGCGGAAUGGGGGACUUCAAAGCCGUCGUUGGUCUCCAGUAUUUGGGCGCAAUGAACCACCCAGGAGGCGGCCGUAACGACAUUCCGAAUCGACUCAAGUCGAAGUUUUUCUCCUUCAACAUGAUUCUCCCUUCGCUGGCUUCCGUCGACAACAUCUACGGCGCCAUGCUGCGAUCGCGCUUCACUCCGAAGGCUGCGCCCGCCAAAGUUGUUGAGUUGUCGUCGCGUUUGACAAAGGCGACGAUCGACCUCUGGUUGGAUGUGAAGAAGAAUCUGCUUCCGACGCCCAGUCGCUUUCACUACAUUUUCAACAUGCGCGACUUGUCUCGCGUUUUCCAAGGCGUUUUGUCUUGUCCUUUGGAAGUUCUGACGAGCGAACAGCGCCUCGUGGGUCUGUGGAAAAACGAGUGCUUGCGUGUCUUCGCGGACAAACUCUCCAGAGAAGUAGAUAAACAAUUCGUGAACCAAGCCGCGCAUCAAAUCUGCGCAACCUACUUUGGAGACGACCUUGCAAAGGCCGUGUACGACACUCCCUGGUUUGCGGAUUUUCUGCGUGACGGAGUCGAAGACGAAAGCGGCGAGAUGCUUCCAGCCCCCAAGAUCUACGAGCCUGUGCCGAGCUUGGACGUCGUCCGAACAAAGAUCAAUUUCUACCUGGAGAAAUACAAUGAAGACAAUCCGUCGAAACAGAUGAAUCUCGUCAUGUUUGAUGCUGCGGUCACCCACCUCAUGGCCAUUUCCAGAAUCAUCCAAAUGCCGAGAGGUUCAGCAAUGCUGGUUGGCGUCGGCGGUUCUGGAAAGCAGUCUCUCGCGCGCCUUGCCGCCUACAUCGCGGGGCAUUUUACUUUCCAAAUCACAGUCACAAAGACCUACAACGACAACGCCCUUUUCGACGACCUGCGGUGUCUGUACACGUCAGCGGGCCAGAAGAACCAGGCUACGACUUUCCUGCUCACUGACUUAGAGAUCAAGAGUGAAGGUUUUCUCGAGUACUUCAACUCCCUUCUCUCCACCGGAGAAGUCGCUGGACUCUUUGCCAAAGACGAGAGAGACAACAUGAUUGCCGAACGCCGAGCUGACUUUCUCAAGGAGAGACCGAACCAGGAAGAGAACCUCGUGAACAUGUACAACUUUUUCAUGGACCGCGUGCGCGACAACCUCCACGUCGUUCUCUGCUUUUCGCCGCUCUCUCCAAAAUUCGCAGAGAGAGCUCAGAAGUUCCCCGCGCUGUUUAGCACGACGAUUGAUUGGUUUUUGCCCUGGCCCGAGGACGCGCUCGUCGCCGUGUCUUCGCGGUUCCUUCACGACUUUGAAAUCGACGCGAGUCCAGAGAAAAAGGAAAUUCUGUAUUCAGUCAUGGGGAGAAUUCACACGGAGGUUGGGCGCAUGUGCGAGGAAUACUUUCUCCGGAUGAGGCGGCACGUGUAUGUGACUCCAAAAUCGUACCUCUCUUUCUUGGGCUUUUACAAACAAGUCUACGCCGAGAAGUUCAAAGAGGUGAACAACCUCGAGCACAGCGUCAACGUGGGCCUGCUGAAGUUGAAUCAGGCUGCGCAAGACAUCAAGCAGAUGAAGGUGAAGUUGAAGGACGAAGAGAAGAAGCUCCACGAGUCGGAGGAACAAACCAACCAGCUGCUGAUCAAAGUCCGGAACGAGUCGGCGAAGGCCCAGAAGAAAAGCGAACAAGUCGGAGCUUUCCGCGACGAGUGUUUGGCGAACAAAGAGCGCAUUGAGGUAGAGCAGGAGGAAGCGAAUCGCGACUUGCAGCAAGCGCUGCCUUACUUGCUGGAGGCCGAGAACGCCGUGAAGUCCAUCACGGCCAAGGACAUUGUGGAGCUUAAGACGAUGAAGACGCCGUCAGACAUUAUUCGCCUCGUGUUCGAUGGAGUCAUGAUUCUGCUCCAGAACAAGCUCGUCGAUGUUCGCAUGGAGCCGAAGGUCAUCAACAAGAAAACCGUCGACUUCAUCCACGACUCGUUCGACGAAACCGCCAAGGCCAUGAUGGCCGACGUCCGGUUCCUCAGCAACCUGUUCGACUUCUCCAAGAACGAAAAAGACAACAUCAACGACGAAACUUGCGAACUCCUGAUGCCGUACUUGGAGCUGGAAAACUUCAACCCCGCUGUGGCGAAGAAAGCGUCGAAUGCAGCCGAAGGCCUGUGCAAGUGGGUGGGCGCCAUGGUCAUGUACCACGAGGCGGCCAAGAUCGUCAAGCCGAAGAUGGACUAUCUCAAAAUCCAGACUGCGAGAGUCGAGGUAGCGCUUCGUCAGCUCGCUGAGGCCGAGGCCGAGCUGGCCCAGGCCCAGGCGAUCUUGCGAGAGAUCAACAACCAAUUUGAGGCUGCGAUGACUUCCAAGACAGAACUGGAACAGCGCGCGCUCGCGACGAAACGCAAGAUGGACCAGGCCAACAAACUCAUCAACGGCCUUGCAGGCGAAAAAACGCGAUGGCGAGUCAAUCCACGCUUCUCCCCACAUCUCUACACGGCCGCCCACCUCAAAAACGCGACAGAAGACUCGAACACCUUUGCGGAGAGAAGGAAGAAGCUGGUCGGAGACAUCACCGUAGUUGCCGGAUUCGUCUCCUACUGCGGACCAUUUAAUGCGGAGUACCGCAUGCGCCUGCGGAAGGAGUGUUUCGGCGCGAUGUGUAAACGGCAGGGGAUUCCUGCGUCGGAGGAAGUGAACAUCGUGGAGGUUCUCGUCGAUCAAGGGACGAUCGGGGAGUGGAACCUCCAGGGUUUGCCGGCGGACGAGCUGUCCAUUCAGAAUGGCAUCCUCGUCACGCGCUCGUCGCGCUACGCACUGAUGGUUGACCCACAGGGACAGGCCGUGAACUGGAUCAAGAAGAAGGAAGAAGGCCGAAUGGACGGGGCGAAACAGUGCAUCACGACGAUGACGAAUCCGCGGCUGAAGGACCAGCUGGAGUUCUGCUUGCAAGACGGCAGGCCCCUUCUGAUCGAGGGCGUUGGCGACGAAGUGAAUCCGUUAGUGGAUCCGAUUCUCGAGAAGCAGGUCCUCAAGAAGGGGAAGAAGCUGUACGUGAAUCUGUCGGACCAACUCGUGGAAUUCAACGCGGACUUCACGCUCUACCUGACCACGAAACUCGCGAAUCCACACUUCUCUCCGGAGCUCUCCGCAAAGUGCACAGUCAUCGACUUCACAGUGACGCAAGAAGGGCUCGAGCAGCAACUCCUGGGGCGCGUGCUCUCGAUGGAGCAGCGCUCGCUGGAGGAGAGCCUGAAUCUGUUGAUGGAAGAAGUGACUUCCAACACGAAGGCUUUGCAAGAGCUCGACAGCCAGCUCCUCGAGAGGCUGUCCAACUCGCAAAGCAAUCUCCUGGACGACACGGAACUGAUUGAGGUGUUGGGCAACACGAAGGCGAAGGCGAAAGAAGUCGAGAAAAAGCUGAAGGACGCACAGGAGAAAAAACUCGAGAUCAACGAGAAGAGAGAGCAGUACCGGCCUGUGGCGACGCGCGGCUCCGUUCUCUACUUUUGCAUGGUGGAAAUGUCUCUCGUUUGCUGGAUGUACAACUCGUCCCUCGCGCAGUUCCUCGAGCAGUUCGAUCUCGCGAUUCACCGCUCGGAGAAGGCGCAGCCGACGCACAAAAGAGUCGAGAAAAUCGUCGACGCUCUCACCUACCAAGUGUAUCGCUACGUCAAUCGCGGUCUCUUUGAGAGACACAAAACGACGUUUCUGAUGAUGGUCACCGUCAAAGUUCUGCUCACCGCCGGGGAGUUAACCUCUUCAGAUGUGUCGCUCUUUCUCACCGCUGGCGCUGGACUCGAUGAGCAAGCUGAGCGGCCUUGCCCCUACAAAUGGCUAGGGCAAGACUCGAAAACGUGGCUGAACAUCCUGCAGCUGUCUCGGCACUCCUUCGGACGGGAGCAAAUCCAGUUUUUCUGCGAACUUCCCGACAUCAUCGGCAAAAACGAGGCGCAGUGGAGGAAAUUCCUCGAAGACAACGAGCCGGAGAAGCAGAGCGUCCCGGACUUUGAAGAGAGAAUUCGCAUGCAGAAGCCACUCGGGCCUUUCAUUCGGCUCUGCCUCCUGCGGGCCCUGCGAGAAGACCGGACUGUGGUGGCCUCUGCUCGCUGCAUCGAAGCGUCGCUGGACCCUCGGUACACAGAGCCGGUGACAGACUCGGUGGAGUCGAUUUGGCAGGAGUCGCAGAAUCGCGUCCCCGUGCUCUUCCUUCUUUCUCCCGGCACAGAUCCGACGGCAGUUAUCGACGAGCUGGCAAAGAAGAAGAAAAAGUUCCCGACCGACAAAGUGUCUAUGGGAGAAGGGCAAGAGAUUGUCGCGCGAGAAAAGAUCAAAAACGGCUUCCUCUCGGGGGGCUGGGUGGUCCUCCAAAACUGCCACUUGGGUCUCAAUUUCAUGUCCGAAAUUGAAGAACUCCUCAAGGUUCAGGACGUUGCGAAGGACUUCCGAUUGUGGAUAACCUGCGAGUCACACAAUCGAUUUCCUAUCGGCUUACUUCAAAUGAGCAUCAAAGUGACAAACGAGCCGCCUAUCGGUCUGAAGGCCGGGCUGCAUCGAACCUUCACGACCAUGGUCACGCAAGAGACUCUCGACAAGGUGGACCACGAAAAGUGGCGAAACAUUGUCUUUGCAACGGCGUUCCUACACAGCAUUGUGCAAGAGCGACGAAAAUUCGGUCCUCUAGGGUGGUGUGUGCCCUACGAAUUUAACUACUCCGAUUUAGAAGCCUCGCUGUUUGUCAUUGAGAAACAUCUGGCCUCGACAAUUCUCGUCGGACAACCUCUCUCGUGGUCUACGAUCUGCUACAUGGUGGCUGAGGUUCAGUACGGCGGGCGAAUUACAGAUGAUUUGGAUAGAGAGCUCUUCAAUACUUACACCAGCAAGUGGUUUACCGAUGAUUUGUUCAAGCACAACUUCAGCUUCACUGGAAAUGCAGCCAGCCAGCACGACUUCCAGUACCGGAUCCCUGACUGCCUCGAAAUCGGCGCGUACAGAGAGUACAUCAAUACGUUGCCUGCCGUUGAUCAACCAAGCGUGUUCGGUCUCCACGUGAACGCAGAUCUGACUUUCCGCCUUCAGGAAUCUUCCUACAUGCUCAAGACCAUCCAGGAAACGCAACCUAAAGAUUCUAGGGGCGGCGGAGGCAAGUCUCGCGAAGAAUCCGUUAAAGAGAAAUGCCAAGAAAUUCUCAGCAAAAUGCCCCCAGACUUUGUCGAAGAACAGUACAGGGAGCAAAUAUCGAAACUGAGCAGUCCGCCAGGUCUGCAGAGCAAGGGUCUCCAAGUGCCGCUGAACAUCUUCCUCUUCCAGGAAGUCCAGCGCAUGCAACGUAUCAUUGCCCUUUCGCGCAAAAACCUCAUGGCGGUAAUCGACGCCAUCGACGGCCUCAUCAUCAUGACGCCUGACUUGCAGGACGAUGUCAACUUGAUCUUCGACAUGCGCGUCCCCAAGAAGUGGCUGAGAGACCCCAGUGGAGCCGAAAUCUCCUGGAUCUCUCCGACGCUAGGCAAGUGGUUCAGCGGCAUGCAGUUGCGAGUGGAACAGCUCGUUUCCUGGCUUCAGAAUGGGCGGCCGAAAUCGUUCUGGCUGAGUGGAUUCUUCAACCCCGAAGGCUUUCUCACCGGGGUGAUGCAAGAGGUGACUAGACAGCACAAAAAAGACCAGUGGGGCCUGGACGACGUCGUACUGCAUACGGAAGUGAAGGGCUACGACUAUGACAAAGUCAAGGAGACUCCCGAUGAGGGUGUCAACAUUCACGGCCUGUACAUCGAAGGGUCGAGGUGGAACUGGCACGAAGGCAAACUGGAUGAAUCUCUCCCGAAGGUCAUGGUCGACAGAAUGCCAAUCUUGUAUGUGACUGCAGUCACGUCGAAAGAUAAAAAGAACCGAAGCGCGGAAUUCGGCCAGUUUGAGCCGUAUGAUUGUCCCGUUUAUAAAUACCCGAAACGGACGGACAAUUAUUUGGUCUUUCGAGUAAACUUGCGAACAGAGGUGCAGCCGUCCCACUGGAAACUGCGAGGGACUGCUUUGCUGUGCUCGACCGAAUAA